GAGCACAAAGUGCGGAGAGUCAGUAAGUGUGUGUGUGUGAGUGUGACUGUGACAGAGAGAGAGAGAGAGAGAGAUAGAGAGAGAGAGAGAGAGAGAGAGAACUGUUGAAGAAGGAAAGGCAGAGGAAGUGACCAGAGGAGAGCGGAGCGUGUGUCCACUUCACCACAGGGGACUGGAAACGAGCAGGGGGUCUGUGGCAGAGAGCUCGCAGAGGAACGGAUCUGAUUUGCCUGAGGGAGCUGCUGCUGGGGUUGUGGGUAGUUUGAAGGGGUGUGGGGGCAGUUUUUAUGCCACAUCUGCCACACGUACGAGGCCGGGCCAGCAGGCAGAAUGGACAUUUUUUUGUGGGGCCGUUCGCUCGUGGAUUGAGAUGUCACAGCCGAGGCACAGGAAAUAGAAGUUCAGAGCAGCGCCUCUGAAAAGGACACUCUCUGUGUUACCUCUGGAAGGGGAAGGUAGCGUCAGUGCAGCCUGCUCCUAGUGCUCCCAUUUCUCACCCCCUCUCGCAGCGGCACCUGUUUGUGAUUGGCUCGAGACCAGCUCCUUGUCGUCAGUAUGUGCCACUCCUGGUUGGAUUACUCACGGCUCGGGGAUGUAGGCUGCUAGAGGCGCCUCUCGGGGAAGUGACCAUAUGCAGAGAUUUGAACUGUCCUGCGUGUCAUGUCCGUUAACUUUGACGUGAGGUUUGAAGUGUGAGUCAAGUGUUCUUGACCGUUUGUCAUGGAGUUUGAGCUGUGGGUCCAGCGUUGCUGACCGUUGCUUUGCUGCGGAGUUUGAGCUGUGUGUGCUGUGGCUGUGUCCUGUUCCUCUCUGGCAGCCAGAUGAAGCCUGGUGGAGGAACAUGCUUUGGAAGCCAAUGACUGCAGUUCUCUGCGUAUACCCUGUGACCCGUCCCGUCUAAUGGAUUCUUUCAGCCCACAGGGCUCACAAGGGCUGCUUUUUUUGGUCAUUACUUUGUGCAUUCCUGACGUAACAUUGCCCAGAACAAUUUAGACGAAACAUUUUUUAUUGAUGUUUUUACUUAUUAAGUAAGACAAACACAAGGAAGUUGCUUCAGUUUUCUAUUAUCAAGACCUAAUAAUAAGUGCUGUGGUCCAUGGUCCGUGUUGAUACACUACAAACGGUGAGUGGUAAUGUCUUGAAGCAGUCUCCUGUGCUUUUGGAAGGACGCGCCGCUGCUGCCGGUGCUCAUGGGAACUGCAGCUCCAACAUGAACCUUCAUGAUGUUGGGGGGAGACGACGCUUCGAGGACUCGGAGUUCACCCUGCGCAUCUACCCGGGCAACAUCGCCGAGGGCACCAUCUACUGCCCGGUCAGUGCUCGCAAGAACACCACCGCCGCCGACGUCAUCGAGCAGGUCAUCGACCGACUCCGCCUGGACCGCACCAAGCUCUACGUCUUGGCCGAGGUGAAGGAGUUCGGCGGCGAAGAAUGGAUCCUCAACCCCAGCGACUGCCCGGUGCAGCGCAUGAUGCUGUGGCCACGGAUGGCUCUGGAGAACCGCUUCGGCGGCGAGGACUACCGCUUCCUCCUGCGGGAGAAGAACCUGGACGGCUCCAUCCACUACGCCAGCCUGCAGAUGUGGCUCCGCGUGACCGAGGAGCGCCGGCGCAUGGUGGAGCGCGGCUUCCUGCCGCAGCCGCCGCCCAAGGAGUACGAGGACCUCUGCAGCCUGCCGGACCUCAACGAGAAGACGCUGCUGGACAACCUGCGCGGGCGCUUCAAGCAGGAGAAGAUCUACACCUACGUGGGCAGCAUCCUCAUCGUCAUCAACCCCUUCAAGUUCCUGCCCAUCUACAAUCCCAAAUACGUCAAGAUGUACGACAACCACCAGCUGGGCAAGCUGGAGCCGCACAUCUACGCCGUGGCCGACGUGGCCUACCAUACCAUGCUGCAGCGGCGGCAGGACCAGUGCAUCGUCAUCAGCGGCGAGAGCGGCUCGGGCAAGACCCAGAGCACCAACUUCCUCAUCCACCACCUCACCGCCCUCAGUCAGAAGGGCUUCGCCAGUGGAGUGGAGCAGACCAUCCUCGGAGCUGGGCCGGUAUUAGAGGCGUUUGGAAAUGCCAAGACCGCUCACAACAACAACUCCAGCCGCUUUGGCAAAUUCAUCCAGGUGAACUACCAGGAGAGUGGCACUGUUCGAGGGGCUUAUGUAGAGAAAUAUCUGCUGGAGAAAUCAAGGCUGGUGUACCAGGAGCAUAACGAGAGGAACUACCAUGUGUUUUACUAUCUGCUGGCCGGAACGACUGACGAGGAGAAGAAAGAGUUCCAUCUCAAGAAGCCUGAAGAGUACCAUUACCUCAACCAGAUGACAAAGAAACCUCACCGACUGCACUGGGAUAAUUACUAUGAGAGUGAAGCGCAGGACUGCUUCACAGUGGAGGGGGAGGAUCUGAAGCAUGACUUUGAGCGCCUGCAGCUGGCGAUGGAAAUGGUGGGCUUCCUGCCCGCCACGCGCAAGCAGAUUUUCUCCUUGCUAUCGGCCAUCCUUCACCUGGGGAACAUCCGGUACAAGAAGAAAACAUACCGCGACGACUCCAUCGACAUCUGCAACCUUGAAGUGCUGCCCGUGGUUUCCGAGCUGUUGGAGGUUCGAGAGGAGACUCUCUUCGAGGCUCUGACCACCCGGAAGACCGUGACCGUGGGGGAGAAACUGAUUGUGCCAUACAAGCUGGCUGAGGCUGGCACAGUACGGGACUCCAUGGCCAAGUCUCUGUACAGCGCCUUGUUUGACUGGAUAGUGUUCAGGAUCAAUCACGCACUGCUCAACGCCCGGGAUCUGGAGGAGUCCACAGAGAUCCUGUCCAUUGGUGUUCUUGAUAUCUUUGGGUUUGAAGACUACGAGAACAACAGCUUCGAACAGUUCUGCAUCAACUUUGCCAACGAGCGGCUUCAGCACUACUUCAAUCAACACAUUUUUAAGCUUGAACAGGAAGAGUAUCGGGCGGAGGGCAUCACCUGGCACAACAUCGACUACAUUGACAACACCAGCUGCAUCCACCUCAUCAGCAGGAAACCCACAGGACUGCUCCACCUACUGGACGAGGAGUGCAACUUCCCGCAAGCGACCAACCAGACGCUGCUGGAUAAGUUCAAGCGGCAGCAUGAAGGGAACAGCUACAUUGACUUCCCAGCCGUCAUGGAGCCCGCAUUCAUCAUCCGCCACUACGCCGGCAGGGUCAAGUACCGGGUGAAGGACUUCAGGGAGAAGAACACGGACCACAUGCGGCCCGACAUCGUGGCUCUGCUGAAGAGCAGCAAGAACGCCUUCAUCGGCGGGCUGAUCGGGAUCCACCCUGUGGCUACCUUCCGCUGGGCCGUGCUGCGGGCCUACUUCAGGGCAGUGGUGGCCUUCCGCAUGGCCGGCAAGAGAUACGUGGAGAAGAAGGGUGGGCAUGAUGAUUCGGCUCCAUGUGCAGUGUUGAAAAGUGUGGAUAGUUUUAGCUUUCUGCAUCAUCCUGUGCAUCAGAGAAGCUUAGAGAUCCUGCAGAGGUGCAAAGAGGAGAAGCACAGCAUGACCAGAAAGAGUCCACGCACGCCUCUCUCUGACCUGCAGGGCAGCAACACGCUACACGACAGACCGCCACGGGAGGGCUGGAACGGUCGGUCUCCGAUGCAGAGUCGCCUGUCCUCCACCGGCUCUGGCGGCUCGGAAGAAGACGGCAUCUUUGUCAACUCCACCAGCAGCAAACUCCUGGAACGAGCCCAUGGCAUCCUCAUGAGGAAUAAGAACUACAAGAUGAAGCCAAGUCUUCCAAAGCAUCUGCUGGAUGUGAAGUCUCUCAAGUACCUGAGCAAUCUCACACUGCAAGACCGCAUCACCAAAUCCCUCCUGCACCUUCACAAGAAGAAGAAGCCACCCAGCAUCAGUGCCCAGUUCCAGGUGUCUCUUAAUAAACUGAUGGAGACCCUGGGCCAGUCCGAGCCCUACUUUGUUAAAUGCAUCCGUUCAAACGCAGAGAAGCUUCCCCUGCGAUUCAAUGACGUCCUUGUCCUGAGGCAGCUACGGUACACAGGCAUGCUGGAGACGGUGCGCAUCAGACAAUCAGGAUAUCCUAUCAAGUACACUUUCCAGGACUUUGCUCGCCAUUUCCAUGUGCUGUUACCGGAGGGAUCCCACACCACCCAAGAAAGCAUCAAAAACGUCCUAUGCCAAGCAGACUUCGCCCCUGAUACCUUUCAAGUGGGACACUCAAUGGUGUUCUUGCGAGAGGCUGAAAGGCAGCGGCUGCAGGACAUGCUCCACCAGGAGGUGUUGCAGCGGAUCGUGGCCCUUCAGCGGCGUCUCCGAGCCACACUGGAGAGAAGGCACUACCUCAAGAUGAGACAGGCGGCUUCCCUCCUCCAGCAAUGGUGGCGGGAAUGCCUGUCGAGGCAGGCUGAGGAGGAAGAUGAGGAAGAGGAGGAUGACCCAGCUGUCCAGCAGGAGGCAGCGGUUUGCCUGCAGGCAGCUUGGAGAGGCUACAGGGAGCGUAGGAGGCUCCUCCUCUGGAGACGAGCAUCCUUGACCAUCCAGAGGAGCUGGCGGCAGUGCCGUCACAGGAGAGCGGGAGCAGCCUGCGUCAUUCAGGCCGCCUGGCGCGGCCACAGGGAGCGGGAGAGCUACUGCAGGCUGCAGCGCUCAGUGCUGCUCAUUCAAGCUGCCAGCAGGGGAUUUUUGGCAAGGCAGAGAUUCAGAGACUUGAAAGAACAGAAGUUAAAAGAGGCUGAGCUGCUGAAUGGACAGACGGGCCCCACACCAGAGGAGGAGAAGUUGAGGAUCAUGGGCCUGGACCUUAGCACUUGGGAGGACCGUUCAUGCGAGGAGAGGGAGAGAAGCCUUCAGAGACUCAACAGUGGCGCUGAGAUCUCAUUGGAUCCCUCGGAAGAAGCACAGGAAGUAAGCGUUUCAGAGCUGACCAGAAGCGAAGAUGCUGCGCCGAGGAGCCCGUUGCAUAGCGUCGCCGUCAGAGACAGGGCAAAGACCCUCGACCAGGACUCCAACCAGAAGACAAGAGCCAAACGAGAAAGCCGCAGGAUGAGAGAGCUGGAGCAGGCCAAAUUCAGCCUGGAGCUGCUCAAAGUCCGCUCCACUGGUGGGGCAUCUCCAUCCGAGGAGCGACGCUGGUCUACAGAGCUGACCAUGGUCGAGACGGGCGGUCUCCACUCCCCUCAGGGUACACCCGACAGUCAGAGUUCGAAGGGCAGCUUUGAGAUACUCAACAUGGAGGAGUGCCUCAAAGAGAGGCCAACUUCAAGAACAGACGCUCUCAUUGAAGAAGCUCCUACAUCUCCGUCCUUAGGACCUCCAGAGCAACCUGAGGUCUAUCCCAUGAGCCCUCAGUCCGCCAACCCUCCAGAGACACCAGUGCCUGAUGUCCCCUCCAGCAGUCCAGCGAAAGCAGAACCUGCCAGCCCACCUGCAGUCAUCCCCAAGGUGGAGAACUACCUCCCAACGUUCUACGUCCCCUCUGCAGACAGCAGCAAUUCCGCCGUCCCCAAACCACAGACUCCGGGGAAGACCCUGAAGGAAAGAAGAGAGUCUUCCCGCAGGCCUGUGGUAGUAUUGAUCAGCAUGCAGAAGGAGACCGUCCUAGAAGAACCGAUGCCUCCCGAAGUCAAGGACAGCUCCAUGCAGACCAGCGAGCCCCCGAGUCCGCUGCAGGUGGACGGCAAUGAGAACCUGCAGCCGGUGUCUGUUCUGGAGAAGCUGGAGAAGCUGAACGAGGAGAAGGAGGAACGGCAGAAGCAGCAGCAACAGCAGCAGGAGAAGGAGAUGAUGCAGCAGAUCCGACAGCAGAAGGAGGCUCUGGAGAGGCAGCGCAAGCAGAUUGCACAGAUCGAGCGGGAGAGGUUCGAGAAGCAACGGGACGAGGCCCAACAGAAGAUCGAGCAGAGCAGGCAGGUGGUUCAAGUCCCGGAAUGGGACAGGAAGGAGUUCCUCGAGGGGAAACCAGUGAGGCCCGCCUCCCUGAAUGUUGGUCAAGUCCGAGCUCCAAAGGCCGAGCCAGAAGUUGUAACCCUCCCAGAGCCCACCGCACAGUUGCCCCCUGCAUCUCAAAACCAGGGUAAAAGCGUGGCCCCAUUCUCCACUGUAAGAGAACGACCAAGGGAUCGAAGGACUAUGCCAGAAGGAUGGGCGCCUAAGCUUACGCUGGAAUCACGAGAUGGCACUAGAGGAAGGGCGCAGAGGAAGGCUGCUACGCAGAGUGUUAACAUUAACAUGACGGAGAGGUCAUCUGGAAACAUGUUCUUCUCUCCUAAGGAUAGGGUCUCCUUCUCCAAGUUUGACAAAGAUUCUGUCAGCCAGGAGAGGUCUGCAGCAAGUCUAAAGGAAACAUCAUCUGGUUUCAGAGCCAAAGAAAUGAAAGGACGAGAGGUUGGUAUACCCGUCCAUAGAAAGAAAGCCCGCAUGGCGCGGACACGUUCUGAUUUCCUCACCCGGGGACCCACCCCACAGGGGGAGGGUCAUUCGGAUGAAGACGAGUGCGAUGACCCCCCCCUCUCCCCCGGCCUGCCCCUGUCCGGCGAGCAGGAGGCCGAGGAGGGGGCCGCAGCGGCGGACACGAGUCACAGUGACUCAGAAAUGCCUUCCAUCGGCUCUGAAGACCAAAAACGGUUGCAUAAAGUCUUGUCAGCGGGAGAGUUGGGCAAAGCGGAUUCUCUGAGGAAAAACUCUGGAGAUGGAAGGGUACGAGGGAAGAUGCGUUUCUGGGGUAAGGGGAAGCAAGGCGACAAAAAGCCCUCCAGAGACCGGCUGGUGUGUGGGGCUGAUACACUUGAAGGGGACUAUGCUGAUACUGGCCUUCUACUAGGAGCAGGUGGAGACUUCCUUUCUCCGCCACGCAGUCCUGAUCUGACGCUGGAGCGGGGCCGAGACUGUAAGGAGAACAAGGAGCCGUCGCCCAAGGUGAAGCGGAGACGCAGCGUGAAGAUCAGCAGUGUUGCCCUGGAAUCCGCUCAGUGGCAGAACGACUCUCUGCAGAUCCUUACCUGUGCCUCUGACUACAAGACCAUGAAUGAGUUUCUUAUGAAGAAGAUUAAUGACCUUGACACUGAAGACAGUAAGAAGGACACUUUGGUGGAUGUUGUGUUCAAAAAGGCACUGAAGGAAUUCCGUCUGAAUAUCUUCAACUCCUACUCUACUGCCUUAGCCAUGGAUGAUGGGAAGAGUAUCCGCUACAAGGACCUGUACGCACUCUUUGAGCAGAUCCUGGAGAAGACCAUGCGACAGGAGCAGAGGGACUGGAGUGAGUCUCCUGUGAAGGUGUGGGUGAACACUUUCAAAGUCUUCUUGGAUGAGUUCAUGACGGAAUACAAGCCACUAGAGAGCACCUUAACCAAGGCACCAAAGCCUGACCGCAAAAAAAGAAGGAAAAAGGACGCUGAUAUAGUGGAAGAGCACAACGGGCACAUUUUUAAGUCCACCCAGUAUAGCAUCCCCACCUACUGCGAGUACUGUUCCUCCCUCAUCUGGAUGAUGGACCGGGCCUGUGUCUGCAAACUGUGCCGGUAUGCCUGUCACAGGAAGUGUUGUGCCAAGACGACAACCAAAUGCAGCAAGAAGUUUGACCCAGAGUUGUCUUCGAGGCAGUUUGGUGUUGAGGUGUCUCGUUUGACCAAUGACGAGCGAACUGUGCCCCUUGUGGUGGAGAAGCUCAUCAACUACAUAGAGAUGCACGGCCUCUACACGGAGGGCAUUUACAGGAAGUCGGGCUCAACCAAUAAGAUCAAGGAGCUGAAACUGGGACUGGACACGGAUGUGAGCAGCACAAACCUGGACGACUACAACAUCCAUGUCAUAGCCAGCGUGUUCAAGCAGUGGCUGCGGGACCUGCCCAAUCCGCUCAUGACCUUUGAGCUGUACGAGGAGUUCCUCCGAGCCAUGGGUUUGCAGGAUAAGAAAGAAACGAUCAGGGGUGUGUACGGUGUGAUCGAUCAGUUGAGCAGGACUCACCUCAACACACUGGAACGCCUCAUCUUCCACCUGGUCAGGAUCGCGCUGCAGGAAGACACCAACCGCAUGUCUGCCAACGCCCUCGCCAUUGUCUUUGCCCCCUGCAUCCUGCGCUGCCCCGACACCAUCGACCCACUGCAGAGUGUGCAGGACAUCAGCAAAACCACGGCGUGUGUGGAGCUAAUCAUUGGGGAACAGAUGAAUAAGUACAGGGCUCGACUGAAGGACAUCAACAGCCUGGAGUUUGCGGAGAACAAAGCCAAAAAUAGGCUAACCCUCAUCAGGAGAUCGAUGAAACCCGUAGUAAUCGCUGUUAGAUUUAUCAGCAUUGCCCGCAGUGCCACCCCGGGUAAAGGCCGCGUGCGGCGGAUCAGCUACCACACGCCCUCGCCGCCGGUGAGCCCGCGCCUGGCCCCGAGCUCAGAGCCCGUGGAGGAGAGCUGGCCAGAGGAGCCGCCGGCGCCCCGAGAGCCUGAGCUGUCCGAGCAGCAGCAAGUGGCCAUGCAGCAGGAGGAGCGGGUCCUCACCGAGCAGAUCGAGAACUUACAGAAAGAAAAGGAGGAGCUGACGUAUGAAAUGCUGGCCCUGGAGCCGAGAGCGUCGGAUGACGAGACGCUGGAGUCUGAGGCGUCGAUCGGAACCGCAGACAGCUCUGAGAACCUGAACGUGGACUCGGAGGGAGCCACGUCGGACUUCUCUGAGAGAGGCCCAGCUCUGGCAGCCGCGGCCAGGCCCAGGAAGACUGAGGCCAAGAGCCGACGCACGCUGAGGCGACAGCCCGACUCCCUGGACUCGGUGGACUCGGCCUCCACCGCCUCCUCCUCGGUCUCGUCCAGCUACCUGCACCCGCCGUCCUCCGCAUCGUCGUCCCGCACGCGGCGCUUCCGCUUCCGCUCCAAGUCGCCCUCCUCGGCGACCCUCGGCCGCUCCAACAACGGCAACGAGAGCGGCGGCAGCGUGGAGGUGGCCGAGCAGGACCCGCACGAGGAGCGCGCUCAGUUCAUCAGCCGCGGCACUUUCAACCCGGAGAAGGGCAGGCAGAAGCUGCACGGCGCCAGAGCCCUUCAGCACUCUGCUGCAGAGGCCAGUGGCCACCACAAGAGGGAGCCAGAUUUGCAGUCGCAGCAGCAGCAACAGCAGCAGCAGCACCUAGUACUGUACGGCAGCAACGAGUUCAUGGUGUGAAGAGACCAUCGCGGGCCAGUCAUCUUCUUCACACACACACAUACGCGCGGAAAAAACACGGGAGGAGAACACUCCCUGGCUCCAGCUCAUCCCUUUAUCUAUCCUCCACCAAACACACACACACACACACACACACACACACACACAUAUACACACACCGACUUCCUCCCCAUGCCACUUGCACUCAGCCACCCUUGCUGGGGGACAGGGUAGCAGAUGAGCUCUCCUCUGCCUUUCCAAGUGCCAAUCCUAGCUGAGAUGAGGAGGCAGAGACGCACGUGGAGGAGGAAGCUGAGUAGAGGAGGAGGAGGAGGAGGAGGAGGAGGAAGAAGAAGAGGAGGAAGAAGAAGAAGAGGGCAGCAGCUGGGUCACCAGAACUGCCAGGCUGGACGGGAGGACGUGUGCCUCCACCCACCCCCACCUCGCUUGCCUUCAGAGCCGGGGCGGAGUUUUGGAAUUAGGGAGGUGGGGGCAGCAGGGAGAGGGGUGUGGACAGAGCAAAGGGAAUGGUGACUACUGUGGUAGGCGUGAUUCCGACUCCGAUGGUGGACGUUCCACUGGAUGCGAGGAGGCACUGAACGCCUUGCAACGGACCAUGGAGACAAAGCCAUUGAGCAGCGCAGACUCCACAAACUUCAGCAACUACCCCCCCCCCCCCCCAACCUUCCCCCAGCUUGGCUGCUUAACGUUUACAGUUUGUACAGACACAACCAGUAAUAAGUGGCGUGCUCUGACAAGACAGAAAAUCUGUUUCUCCCCCCUCCCGACACAUGCCUAUUUAAUACAUUUUAAUAAUGUGGAAUAUAAAUAUAUAUAUAUAAAUCUAUAUAAAUAUAUUAUGUGAUAUACAUAUAUAUAUUAAACCGUGUAUAAAGUCAGAACACCAGCAGUCGCUGGGUUGUUGAGUUUAAGUAUUUAUCAUUAUGCUUGUCCUGCAUAUGGUCAAAGAGAGAUUUUUGGAUUUAGCUGACUCAGUUCGAGUGAGCAAGUAAGCGUGCACACACACGCCUGUGUGUGUGAGUGUGUGUGCGUGCGUUUGCAGGUGUGUUUGGAAAAAAAAAAGAAACCACUUGAUGUGUUUGAAGUGUGUGCUGCUUCUUUUCCUCCUUUGAGGAACGUGCCGUCAUCAAAGGGACCAAGCUAGCUGGUGUUUGAAAGCUAGAGGAUCCCAGCUAUGUGAAGACUUUCAGAUGUACAUAACACAGAAUACUGUACAAAAAAAAAUCACCUCUUUGUAACAGCUGUUCAAAAGCUGGUAUGUAUGAAGUUGAGAUGAUGAUGCCAUUUUCAGUUUACUUUUAGUAACAUUUUUUAUCAAACUUGUUGGCAAUGUCUGUUCUAUUCUGAAAAAGCAACUAAAACACAUUAUUAUUGUUAUUGUUAUUAUUAUUUUGUGAGUAUCCAUGCAUGAAAAAAGUUGACUCGUGCUCCUUCAUUGAAGAGGUAUUCUGCAACCACAUCCCUUUGUCACAGCAACUGCUUAAGCCCGCCUGUUUAAAUAAGGUAUCAGACGACCCACAGGACUGUUGUACACAAUGCCAAAUUAGCCAUGAAGCAGUUGCGCAGCCUAUGGGGCUGUGUAUGAAGUUGCCAGUGAGUGUGUGUGUGUGUGAGAGAGAGAGUGCUAAUGUGAGUGUGUGUGUGUGUGAUGGGCACUUGUAUGCACGUGCUCUCUCUCUCUCUCGCUCUCUGUCUCUCUCUGUCUGUCUACUGAUGCAGGAGCUAAUGCUUGAACAUGUUUCUUUGCGUUUACACAAACGGUGUGUUUGGGUGUGUGCAGGGCAGACUCUCUCUCUCUCUCUAGAGUGGACCCUGCCCUCCCCUUACACACUUGUCGUGACUCUGUGCAAGGUCAGCUCUCUACUGACGUCAGGUGGGAGAAGAGGCCGGGAGUUUCACUGUAAUCACUCGCCCGCCCUGAAAAAUUCCUCGCCAGCCCCCUAACCCCCCCCCCCACACACACACACACACACACCCCUCCUCCCCCCCACAAGAUCCACGGAAGCAGACUGCUGUUACGCCAGGUGCUUUGCCUCCUGUGUUUGUGAGCGAGCGAGUGAGUGUAUUGGUUGCUGGGGUGAGGAGACCUACAGGUGAAUGCAGGUGAGGAGAGCCACAGGUGAAUGCAGCUCUUCUCAUGAAGCACGCCCAUGCCAGCCUGGUCAGGAUGCCUCAUGGGUAUUUUGUAGCAGUACUCUUUCCCUGGCAAACCAUGUUUGUCAGGACUGUGACGAGGCCAUAGAAAGAAACUCUUUUGUACUGUCAGUAUGUGUUUGAGGAGUUCACACUGACCUGGAAGUGAUUAAAUCAGUAUCUCAAGAAGUCAUUUGUCGAAUGUUGAGGACCAGACACCCUUUUGGACUGUUCUGAUACAGAAAACAAAAUGGUGGAUCCUCACAGUGCACCAACACAGUGUUGUCAUUGGGUGGUCAGUUGAGUUGUCAUCGGUUAACCGGUCAAUGUGAGCCAAGCCAUGGCUAAAGUGUGUCUUUCUGUUCUGUUAAGGAGUCUGUCCUGUUAUAUCCUGCUAGCCUGUCCACUCUUUGCAAGCACUAAGUAAUUACCUAAAAUGAUGGUGUAAUACACAGCGUUCUUAAGCUCAACAUUUCAACUGAAUCUGAUAGUACUUAGCUUCGUCCCCAAAUGGUUAGCAUUGGCAGUUUUGGUAUCCUGCUGAAGUGAUUGCACAGAUCACUUGGACAUCACACUCCUGUAUCCUGUGUGUUCUACAGUAUACCUAUUCAAACGUACUUGUUGCUAAAGGAUAUAUUAUGCCAUGUACCAUAAUAAAUGUGAAAUAAUCAUGUUCAGUGUUGAAAACUGGCCACUUUGCCUGCAAGUUUUAACAAGGUGCACAAUCAGACUUCAUAUUUGUAUUCUGUCCCACGGAGUUGUAUGUGCAUUUUGUGAGCUAUUUCUUACACAGACAGAAUGAUGGAAAAAAACAAAAAGGUGAUGUCAAGGUUGUAAAAAUUAAUUUGAACAAAUCAUAUUCAGCUUAUUAAAGACAAGGCUGGAACCAAA